AUGUCGCUGGGUGCUGACCUCCCGGGGGCCUUCUCCUCACUGGGACCGGGGCCAGGACAAGCUUUUGGCGAGAUGUUCUCACCGCUGGGCUGCAGGAGGAGCUUCCCCAGGGAGAGCGGGAGAUGGGCACCCCAUGACUGUCCCCCGCUGCCCCCCUGGGACAAUGGAGGAGAUGACCGAGGACCUGAGGACUGCUUCAGAGAGGGCUGGCACUCGCCCUGUCCCUGGGACUCCAGACCCUUCCCUGGCCCUGCCGACUUCCGUGGGAAUGAGAAGGACAGGAGAUGGGCACCCCGCGACUGUCCCCCGCUGCCCCCCUGGGAUGACAGAGAAGACAACCGAGGACCUGAGGACUGCUUCAGAGAGGGCUGGCACCCGCCUGGUCUCUGGGACCCCAGACCCUUCCCUGGCCCUGCCGACUUCCGUGGGAAUGAGGACAGGAGAUGGGCACCCCGCGACUGUCCCCCGCUGCCCCCUUGGGAUGACAGAGAAGACAACCGAGGACCUGAGGACUGCUUCAGAGAGGGCUGGCACCCGGAGCUGCCGCCGUCCGGCCCCGGCUGCUUUGCCUGGCCUGAAUUCCCCGGUGAGGAGCAGCAACCCCCCAGCCCCCCCGCCCGCCCGCCAGAGGGGAGCGAGGCCGCUUCCAGGAUGGCUGCCCGUCCUGGGGCUACCGUGGCCUGGGGUCCGCCGGCGGUGAGCGGGAAGGUCCCAGAGUCCCCCAGACGGGCUGGCGCCCCUCAGAAGAGCCCAGCCGCUGAUCCCCAGGCCCCAACAGAGGCUGCGGAGCCGGAGCAGGCAGCAGGAGCGACACCGGUCGAGCCGGGAGCCAGGCAGGAACCUGCGGGCAGCCACGGCCAGGGCCCCUCUGCUUCGGAAACGGAGCCAGCGCCGCCGGAGGAGAGCUCUGCCGAGACAGGGGAGCACCUUGAGGUAGAGCCGUGCAGCCAAAGUGUCCCUAAGGCUGGCGCAGGUGGUGGGUCACAUCCCCACAGUCCGACAGCCCCUCCGGAGCCUGCCGAGAGGGUCCACGCGGCGGCUGGCUCCGCUGGAGAGGUGGGUGCUGAGCUCUGCCCGCGUUCCCGGGGACGGCAGCGUCUGCCGAGCGGAGCUGGAGAAGCCGAGCCAGUGGCCCCCAGCCGAGGCGCGCAGGGGUCUGGGACCGGCCAUGGGCUUCUCGGUGGCCUUCAGCCAUCCGAAAACUCGCAGGUCCCGCCAGGAGCUACCGCGAAGCCCGACGCACAGCCCAGCCAGGCCGGCUCUGACGUCUGCGCAGCACCAGCGAUCUCACCGGGGACCCGGCAUCCUCCUGGGUCUGGUGAGACGGAGCCGUCGUACCAGCAGUUCAGCCUGACCAUUGCGGUGGUGGCCACGAUGCUGCUGCAGAAGGAGCCCUCCAUGGAGGCGGCGCUGGGGCUGGCACUGAGGGCCAACCUCCGCCAGGGCCGGAUCCAUCACCUCCAGGAGCUGGAGGACUUCAUCAACAGCUACGACUCGGCCACCCUCAGCCGCUGA